CGUCACUUUAUCAGUAGAACGCCCAGUGGCCGGACGCGACUUCCUGCGUCUCUGUCGCAGUUUAAACAAAACAGAAUAACGUCUGUUAUUAACCCAGGCUAGAACGUUUGAUUUGUGUUACUAGUUUUUGUACGAAGAAAGGGAAAAUAGGAGCGUUUAGCAAAGCCACGUGUUCGGAUGAUAUUAAAGUGACUGGUACGAAACAUUCGACGACUUACCGAACGGGCUAUUGAAUUGUUAAACAAAAUAAUGCAAGCUAUCGGAUACAAUGAGCGAUUUUUCGUAGACAACUACUCCACGAUGGAUGAAGACGAUGAGCUGUAUAUGAGCUACGACUGGUCAUCGGAUGCAAUGUCGGUAAAGAGUGCAGGAAGUGGUUCGAGCCGUUCCGAUGACUACGAUCAGAAUGGAGAGCGAUUGUCACUGGCUUACGAGCGUUUAUCACAAAUCCCUCGUAAGAUCGCAGAAAAGUUUUCCCGCACUACGACGAUACUGGAUUUAAGCUACAAUGAGAUUAAGGACCUUUCGUUUCUGACACACUUCCGGCAGCUGAACACGUUGAUAUUGGACAAAAACUUGCGGCCAGAUGAGCGCAGUUUGCCUUCGCUCCCGAACCUCGAGCUCCUGUGGCUCAAUCACUGUGAUAUAAACAACCUGCAGAACUGGAUCUACCGCAUCCGGGAGUGCUGUCCAUCACUGAAGUACCUAUCGCUGAUGGGUAACCCCGGUGCCACCUCAUCCUUUAACGGAAACUCUUCGCUCGAGCACAACGACUACCGGCUGUUUGUGAUCAGCUUGUUGCCGCAGUUACGCCACCUGGACGACAGUGAGGUGACGGCAGCCCAGCGAACCCAAGCCAAAAGUUUCAAGCACAGCUACAACCUCAACCAGGGCCCGUACAAUAUCUUUGAGACGACGGUCGGGCGCCGUCCGCAGCAGCAACCUCAAGCAUCUCCACUCGCUCCGACGACACUUGCGUCAUUGACGCAGAAGAGCAGCACCACAGCGACACCGACGUCGACCACUUCUAGUCCGUCCAAGAGGAGCCGAAAGAGACGGAACGGUGGCAAAUUGUCUGAUAACUCCUAAGCCGUUUUGUACUUUACCGUAAUAUUAAGCGCUUAUUAUCGACAGAGCAUUGCGCUAAGAGACAAAGAAAGGGCCUGAUAUACCAUAGGUUGCCCUGACUAACCGUUAAGUUUGUAAUAAAGAUCGAUCUAGAGUGAAGAACGUUAUUUUCUUCAAAGCACUAA